GUCAGCAGUGAGUAAGUGACUGGGAUUUGCAAGGUUAUCAACCUCGAUGUCCCACUUUACUGGAGCAUUAUGUAAAUAACAGCGGAUAUACCUACGAUUUUCUGGUAGAACUUGAAUGAGACUGGAACUCUGUGAGGAGAACACUUUACAACAGCACCCCAGGAGGACAUGCAGUUUCACGGUGUCGGUAGUCUUUUUGAUUGGGAGAGCAGAAGGAUGCUUAUUAAAGAGGAGCCAGGAGCUGCGCUGCUACCCAUUCAACACAACAUUACGAGUGUGCUGUUCCGUUAGUCAGUGGUCGUUAAUCUUGCUGUGGGUUUAGUACUGACUUUGCACUCAAAAUUUUACGCGAGGAGCUGACUGAAUUUACAAAGUUUUGUGCCGGUGAGCCAUGGCCGCUUUUCCGAUGUCUGGCGCGCUCUUCCUGUGCGCCCUGUGCCUGCCAUACACCCUACCCGACGGACAGGUACCUGUGCCUCCCAGCUGCCACGAGGUGCGUGAGUCAUUUCAGUCUCUGUACCCGGGGUCGAAAUGGGCACCGGAGACCCCCGUUUUAGGUGCGGACCUGCAGGUGUGCCAGCCCAAAGGCCUGACGUGCUGUUCCAGGAGGAUGGAGGAACGCUACCAAGUGGCUGCCAGGCAGAAUAUGGAGUCAGGUCUGCAGACAGCCAGCGCACCGCUGAAACUCCUCAUCAUCCAUAACGCAGCUCUCUUCCAAGAGGCCUUUGAGUUGGUGUUGCGUCACGGCCAUAACUCCACCCUGCUGAUGCUGAAGGAGGACUUCCCAGGGCUGGGGGGUGGGGCCCAGGGGGCGGUGGGCCAUCUCUUUCUGGACGUGUCUCUAUACAUCCUGGGCUCGGACUCCAGCGUGGAUCACAUGGUCCAGGCAUUCUUCACCCGCCUCUUCCCUCUGGCCUACCGACGCCUGCUGGGGGGUGGCACCGCACCCAUGUCUGAGGAGUGCCUGCGGAGGGCGUGGAAGGACUCCAUAGUGUUUGGCCCUUACCCUAAACUCAUGAUGACUCGUUUGUCACGCUCCCUCCUGGCCACGCGUGUCUUCCUGCAGGCGCUGAACCUGGGCAUUGAGGUCGUCAACACCACAGACCACCUGCGCCCGGGGAGGGACUGUGGGCGUGCCCUGCUGAGGCUGUGGUACUGCCCACACUGCCAGGGCCUGCUGGGGGCCCCGGCAUGUAAAGGGUUUUGCCAGGCUGUGAUGGCGGGGUGCCUGGGUGGCGCUGCGGAGGUACAGCCACACUGGAAGGGGUACGUGGAAGGGCUAGGGAAGUUGGCGGGGGCCAUGAGGGGGGAGCAGGACGUGGAGGCCGUGAUGAUGAGGUUUCAUGUGCUGGUCAGACUGGCCCUCAGACACGCUGUCAAUGCACGCCCCCGCCUACACGCACUGGUGAGCAGUACGUGUGGCCACCAGCUUCAACGGGUGUCUCGCUCAGUGGCGCCCCAUCCUGACCAGACCCAUGCUGCCACAGCAUCCUACAACCCACAGCCUUUACCCUACUAUCCUGAGGAGACCUUGGCUGGCCGCCGCAGGGAGUUUAUCUCCAGCCUGAGGGGCUUCAGCUCCUUCUACAGUGGUCUGGGACAGGCUCUGUGUAGCCGCGAUCCUCUAGCGCCAGGCAACCACUCCCUCUGCUGGAACGGACUGGAAAUGAGAGACAGGUUCCCUGUCCCAGGUGUGAAGCGAUCUCACUCCCAUGGAUCUGACUCUAAGAACAAACUCCCUGAACCGGUCAUCAGCCAGAUCAUCGACAAACUCAAACACAUCAACCAGCUGCUGCGGGUGGUAAGGGUUCCCGAGAAGCGCUGGAGAGCCCGGUCAGGUGGGGGCCAGGUGGCGGAGGGUCGCAGCAAGGGAAAGGACGAGGAAGACGAGGGGUUCGAGAGCGGCGAUUGUGAUGACGAGGAUGACUGUGCCGGGGUGUCGGGGCUUGGGCUGCCCCCUCGCCGUAAUUGGUUACGUAUCUUUACAGAUCUGGCUGAUAACCUGGCUAUGGAUGACUUCAUAUUCCAUGAGCAGUUGCUGACCCCUCGGCUGGCUACGGACAGGGCUGGAGGGCCAUCUUCGUCUGCGGCUGUCCAGGGUCUGAGUCACCUGGGUGGGGCUCUCCCUCUGACCCUCGCCCUCCUUCUGCUGCUGCUUGGACACCAGUGACCAGUAAUCAGUGACCCAUCCCUGCUUCUCAUCCACAGCCUUCAGAAGAAGGAUCCUUUAUUAAUCUAUAAGUAUAUGUAUAAUCUGCUGUAAUCAAUCCCUCCAAUAUUCACACACACAUACAGACAAAUACACAUUAGGUUGGGGAGGCUGGAGCAGUGGGCAGCCGACUGACUCUGAGAGACUGACUCUGAGAUGCCACAAGCAUAUUCAGACAGUGUUUUUAAAGUAUUAAGAUGGCAUUACUACAGAGGCCUCUCGUGUACAGAACAGUUUAAUGACUUGUCCAUGGCACAGCAGAACAUUGGAUUCUCACUCCUUCUCCCCUCCCUCUCAUGGUACUUUCUGUAUCAGCUCUUUCUGAAGGAACUAACUGUCCUCUCUCACUGUUUAAAACUCUGCUUGUUAAAUAGAGACUCAUGGACUUCAUUUGUCCUAUACUGCCCCGGCCAUCCAACUGCACUAGAUAAACCCACUGCACCAUGUAAAUAAGCGACUAUGGCGUUUCCCUUCCCUCUGGCCUCCACCCAUUCUGGUUAAGCGCUGGCAUUACGCUUUCUCAAAGGGAAUAGACGCAUUUCAAAAUGUACUUUUAACGUGCUGUUUGUCAGAGCCCUUGGUGUCUUUUCUCUGUCUCUUUCUUUCUUUUUCUGUCCCUCGCUCUCUCUCUCUCUCUGUCUCUCUCAUUCUGUCUCUUUCA